AAGCAAGUGAAGCAGGAGAAGUUUUCUCCAAAUUGUUUUAUGACAGCUUCGAUAAAAAGCGACAUGGUAUCCAUGAAGGCUUUUGACUGUUGAAAUGGUGCUUGACAACUGUUAGCUGAGUCAACACAAUAUUUCAUGCUGUACAUCUGGUGAUGUGAGAUAACUUUUAAACUUUGUAUGAAGUCGACACAAAUCUAAACUUAGUCUGUUUACUGGGAGGGGAGUCAGUUUAGAAAAGACUGUUUGUAUAGAGGAUACGCAAAUUUCUGUGGUGAAUCAGAUCUUAAGUAGAAAUAAGCAAAAAAAAACAAUGGCAGAAAAUAUGGAUGUUCCUGUGGAAGAGGGAGAUAUUUCUAGUAAAUGCCCAUACACUGGUAUUGGUCUGGAUGACACAAAUGAUCCAGAUAAAUUUGAUAUUAAAAAUCAUGUUCUUCAAAUGACUAUGGCAAUGAAUGUGAAGUCUCCUGACUCACGAGAAUUUUACCAAGCUAUCUUGGAAAAGGACAUCAACGUGAUAGAGGCUUUGUUGGAGCAGAAAAAGGUGGAUGUGAAUCAUAUCUUUAUGGGGAGAAGUUGUAUCCAACCCUGGCACCUUGGCUGUCGUGCAAUACACAUUCUAUCUGAGCAGCACAAGGAAGAAAAAUCCAAAAGUAUUGAAAUCAUGCAACUUCUGUUGAAGUACGAUGCAGAUGUGAUGCAAGGAAACAGACUUGGAGAUCUAGCUAUACAUAUUGCAUGUAAAUCUGGUAACCACCACGCUGUUCAACUAUUCCUCGAACAGAAUCCAGAUUGUAAAGAUGUCAGGAACAAUCAUGGCGUAACUCCCCUGAUUAAAGCCCUUUUUCAUUUCCGCCACCAGUACAAAAAAAGUUAUCUGACAGUGGUGAAACUACUGGUCAGUGCUGGCUGUGAUGUGAAUCUGAGUCCUGAUUCAGGAAUCAGUCCAUUGCAUGUAGCGGUUAUCAAGGAUAGAGACCUGACCGAGAUUCUAGUCAAAGCUGGAGCCAAUGUCAACGCUAUAUGCAAAGAAGGCAAUAGCCCUUUACUCCGUGUAAUGUGUCAGAAUCAGAUACGGCAUGAUACAGUUGAGACAUUACUGAAAGCUGGUGCUGACACUAAAGUUUCCACAUCCCCUGGGCGUACUCCUCUUCACAUUGCUGUUUCAAAAAGUGAUGACCUGAGUGUGAAACAUCUGCUAAGGUACAAUGCUGAUCCCAAUGUGAUGGAUAUGUACCACACAACACCACUUUGGCUUGCCGUCACAGAGCAUAACAUGAAGAUUCUACCCAUGCUGGUGGCACAUGGGGGUGAUGUUAAUAUGCGUACAGAAUCAAAGCAUUCACUUCUCACUUUGGCAAUCUCCAAUAGUGACACAGACAUGACACUUUUACUCCUGAAGCUGGGUGCCAAAUUGACCCUUGACCUAAUACUUCGUGAGAAUCCUCUAUUCCAUGCAAUCAAAAACAUUUCACUGCCACUUGUGAAAAUCUUACUUCAAGAGAACUGCCCGAUGGACUACCCACCUUACUGUAGCCCUGAGGUGACUGCUCAGAUGGUCAAAGACAUUGACAUCCUAAGUGUUAUGGUCAAGGCUGGAGCAAAGUUUGACUUUAACAAUCUUCUAAACAUCUGCAAGGCAUUGGAUGAAGUGAAGUUUGAAGAACUCCUCACUGACCAUGUGCAGAAUGUACCGUCAUUACGUCAUGUGUCAACUUUAAGAGUUCGUAAAAUUCUUGGACUUAAUAUAAAAACCAAACUGCAGGAUUUAGUGAAAGAUAAUCUUAUCCCUCAAAGUCUGGUACCAAAUUUACUGCUGAAUACAACCCUCCAACUUUGAAUAACUCAGUUCUUUUUUUUUUCUUCUAUUGUAGUUACACAUUGCUAUGUAUGUUAUGUGUAAGAGAUAUAAUAGGGAGAUGUAUAAAGCUUUUAAGUGUGCUUUAAAAUAUCAAAUGAGACAACCUUUAAAACCAAUGUACAUGUGUUGAAAAAUUAUAAUUUGGCUACUGUAAAACGUGGUAGAUCACCACAUACAAAGGGUUGAUAUGUACAUGUGUUGGCUUAUGUUAUAAUGUUGCAAUCGCUGUUCGUCAUCAAACUGUCAUUUUGUUAUUUAAAAGUAAGUUGUUGUUUUUAUAUGAAUUUAGAUUAUUUACAGUGGAGUGUACCAGGAGUAGAUCAUAUACACCAGCAUCAUUUUUUUCCCUAUAAAUAGAAUAUAUCGGUAUGAGGAAUGAUUGCCUUAAUGAUGAUUAGAAUUUGUUAUUUUACUCAUAGAAAUAAUAAAUUGUUAAUUUUAAUGU